CUUGUAUACUAAUCUCGUCUUACUAGAAGAAUAUGGAACAGAGAAGCGAGUGCUAGAUUACAAUAAUAUGCUUGAUCUGAAAGUCAAUGGAGAGUUCCCCAAGCGGAUCAUGGUUCAGGGAGAGGCAGGUGCUGGGAAAACAACAUUUUGUGCUAAGAUUGCCUGGGACUGGGUUGAAGGGAGGCAUUUCAGUCACUUUGUGUGGGUCUUGAUAGUUCCUCUACGUGAAUUUAAGCAGCACUCUAUUGGCGAGAUUGCAAAGUCUUAUCUGCCCCAAAACAAUCCAGCAACAGUUUCUCAGAUUACUGAGUAUAUCCGGUCAAAUCCUGACAAGGUAUUCAUUGCAUUUGAUGGGCUAGAUGAAGUCAGUUUCAAAAUCAUGCCUACUGAUCAAAUGCAGCUUCAGCCAUCACAGCCAUGUGUUACCUCCUCAGAGGCAUGUGGAAGCUCAUCUGAGACUGGUGAUAUUGGACUUGUAGAGAUUCUUUGUUCAGAUCAACUUGCCUCUUGCCCAGUCUUGGUGACCACUCGCCCAUGGAGAGCAGUAGAGAUUAGAUCAGAUGGUGAUCUAAUGAAGCUCUACACAUUCAUUCGUGUUGAGGGUUUCAACAGAGAGAAUUUGUCAGUUUACAUUUACAAAUACUUUCCAAAGAAUGAUGAUAAAGCAAAUCAGCUUAUCCAGUUCACCAGUGAGAAUGAUGUCAUAUCUGAAAACAUGGCCCACUAUCCUAUAUAUGUAGCCAUGUUGUGUCUUAUGUGGAAAGAACUUGACGAGCAAAAACUAAAGGUAAUGAAAUCACUGAAAUCUUUUUCUCAGAUAUUCAAAGAGAUGAUUGCCUUUCUGAAAGAACAUUAUGCUCAGAAAAAGGUGAAGAAAGUAGGCAGUCCCUCAUUUCUUUCCUAUUUGAAAAAAAUUGAUGAGCUCCUUGGACCCAUUGCUAAACAGGCCCUCAAUGGUCUGCUAGAAAAUACCUUGAUUUUCGGUGAAGAUGAUUUCCAAAUUUGCCCAGAAUCCAAGGAAACUGCCUGUAAGGUCGGGAUUUUGUCUCAGGAGGACAGAAUUACCACUAGCAUUGACAUACAUAAGAGGGAUGCUCAUGUGCAAUUGCCAGUCUUCUUUCCUCACAAACUGUUUCAGGAGUACAUGGCUGGAGUCCAUCUUGCUUCCCUGUAUGAAUCAGAUCGUAAUGCAUUCAACAUGCUGAUUGAGCAAGUAGUGCUGCCAAGGAAGAAUGAGUUUAGGUAUCUCCUGUACUUCACUGUGUCACAAAACAAAAGUAUUGCAACUUACAUUCUGAACUCUAUGCUUCAGGGUUUAGACAUAGAUGUACAUGUAGGUAGAGAGUUACCUAUCAUUGUUGGUUAUUAUGCCGAUGUGAGUAGGCUAGACAUAGCUGUAGGUAGAGAGUUAUCUUUCAUUGUUGAUGUAGCCUUUGAGAGUCAGGACCCAGAUGUAGCAGUCUUGGUGAAGGACAGGGUUUCAUCAAAGGAAAUUGCACUGACCAUAUCCGAUGGCAUGACAGCACACACUGUAGCUGGUUAUGCUUUCAUUGGACCACAUGUGGUUUCACUCAGGAUUGACAGAAGUUGUGGACCUACUAUGUCACUUGAUGUGGCAGAGAUAAUAUGCUCCAUGCCAUCCUUGAAGAAAGUUUGUCUACAAUAUGAAUUCUGUGGCCAUCAAUGUUUUUUUGAAACACUUGCAAGGAAAGGAAAAGAAUCAAAGGUGAGCGGUUCAUCCACAAUUGUGAUGUACAUGUAUGUGUGAUAUUUUUUAUUUAUUCCAUUAGCAUCUCUUCCCUUUCUAAUGUACAUUUUACUUUUCUUUAAGUCCUUUAAAUGUCUCUUAUAUGCUGGUUCUUUUGACAGAAGAAUAUAUGAAUGGUCUUUUCACUAAGUCUGCAGCAGUGUUAAUAAAAGCCUUUAAGUGUGAAUACUAUAACCGUGGAAACCGUGGAAGAUCACAAGUUACUCAAAGGGGAAGUCCACCCUGAUAUUA